AUGCGUGGGUGGUGGCGGGGCUGGGGCAGGGCCGUAGUGGGCACCGCCAAGCUGUGCCUGGGGGUGGGCUUGCCCACCACAGACGCAGCGGCACCAGCAGAGGGCGGGUGGUGGCGGGCCUGCUGGGCAGGCCGUGCGGCCGUGGUGGCCGUGGUGGCGCUGGCUGUGGCGGAGCAGGCCGCCACCUCGCUCGUGGGUCCGCUCACGGGCCAGUUCUACGCCCUCCUCACCAGCGUCAACGACGACCACCAGCAGCAGCGCGGAGCAGGCUGGCCGCCCUUGUCGUUCGUGGGCUUCCUGGCACGCGCCGCCGCCGUGCUCCUCCUCGUGGCCUCCCUGCGCGCCCUCGCCCAGGCGGUGGUGGGGUACGUGGGGGCGGCGUGCAGGCGUGCGUUGACGGGGCGGAUGCACGCACGCUACUUCGAGGGGAGCACCUACCACCUGCUACACCUGCGUCCUUCCCCCGUCGACAACCCGGACCAGCGGAUAGCGCAGGACGUGCAGCUGUUGACGAGCAGCUUCGGCCAGCUGGUUUACUCGUGCGCCACGGUCCCCAUCCAGGUGGGUUACUACGGGUACAAGACGGGGGAGCUGCUGGGCUGGUGGGGACCCUUCGCCGUCCUGGCCUACUUCCUUGUCGGCACCUCCAUCAGCCGGUGGCUGGCGGGACCCAUUGUGGCGCGCGUGUAUGCGCAGGAAGCAGCGGAGGGCUCGACGGAGGCCUUCUCGUACCUGGGGUCCAUCCUCAACUUUGCCCUCCUCGCCCUCCCCGUGUUUGCUGGCUCGUAUGCGGACCUGACGGCCCCCCAGCUGGCGGCCAAGAUCAGCGAGUCGUCGUUCGUCACCCUCUACCUCAUCUUCGCCUUCACCAGCGUCAUUCAGCUGUUCACGCUGCUCUCCAACCUGGUGGGCUACUACGCCCGCGUGCACGACCUCCUCGCCGAGAUGGAGCACCUCCACGCCCUCCAGCGGGAGCGCCGCAAGCUGCGCCAAGUUGUGCCGGUGGAGGAGGGCGGCCUUGCCGUGCGCUUCGAGGACGUCUCCUACUCGACGCCCACGUCCCCGCCCAUACCCCUCGUACACGGUGACGUCUCCGGGUAG